GGGGGGCAUCUAACAUCUUAUUUUUCUCAGGUGUUGCAUUUCUAAACGUACUUGUUUUGAUAACUACUCUUGAAAGAUGACAAGAAUGUUUUACUCGUUGAAUCUGCUUGAUGGCCUACGGCAUACGGUUAAACAACCAUGACACUCUGCAGCACUCAUUUAUUGAAAACAACAAAACAAAAACUUCAAUAAAAUACACUUCACUUCCUGAGCCUUCAUCACAUGACUAUGGGAGCUGUUAAGUAAGGCAACAAACAGACUUCAAAUACAGGAAACAAAUCAGCAAAGACUUAACAUCUCCGAAACCAAACACAAUGUACUUUUCUCUGUACUUCAGCAAAUGAUGGACUCCAAGAAUACAGAACAAAGAUUUCAUAGUUAAAUGGCACCUACAGUGUGUGUGUCAGUAUUUUUGAUAGGAGUGGGAGGUAAACAUGGCAUGUUACUUCUUGUGAUGCUCGAUGAAAACGUAGCUCUUUGCCAGUUGCUCCUCGUCUCCUCGGCCUGUUUCUGUACUCUCAUGAUCCUCUCCCACCUGCUGCCCUUGGCCCAAGACUUGAUAGCUCUGAUCUGCUGUACUGAGGGUAGGCUGUGAUGGCGACGUCUGUGCUUUCAUCACUGUCGGACCAGACUCAGAGGAUGUGGGGCAUUUUCCUGCAGCAUGGCUCAGUGUUGGACCUGUUUCCAUCAUUGGCAUCUUCAAGGUCUGCCCCGCUACCUUUCCGUCUGUGCUUGUUUUCUUCUCUUUCUUCCUCCGGUCUUUAUUAGUUUUCUCCCCUCCUCUCAUGUCAUCAUGUUUUCUUCUCACUUCCUCUUUAGUCUCCUGCAGGUGAAGCUGCCCCAUCCUCUCUUCCAGCUCCCUCAGGUCCUGCAUGUCUGUGGGGCUCAGAGAUGGAAGCUGUUGGUUGGCAUGCCUGUUGUUGUCUGUGAGAAUCAGAGUUUUGCUUUGUUAAUGCAGACUGCACUUUCUUCAAGUUAUGAAACCAAGACAAGUGUGUUAGUUACCUGCUGCAGUCUGCUGUUGUGCCGAGGCAGGAGGCUCUGCUCUGCUCUGGUGCUGCCCAGGCUUUGAACUUUGCUCUGCUGGGGAUCCAGCUCUUGUUGUGUGGUUAAGGGCUUGAGAAUGACCGUGCUUAUCAUCUGCUCUGUCAACUUCAGUUUUACAGAGGCCACUACUAACAGUGGCUGGACCAGCAGGCGCACCACAGUUCCUGUCAUUACAGUCACUGCAUCUGACACCAUCAGAAUGAGCUCUGUGGACAUUGCUGUGAUUGUAGAUAGUAGAAGCAGAGGCUUUGGAUCCUAAAUCUCCUCUGGGAAGGUCGGCAGCAUUACUGUUAUUAGGAAUAUUAAUACUUGCUGUAUGUACAGCUUUACCGCUGCUCCUGCUGCUGAUUGCUCGGUGGGGUUUGUCUGGAAGCAGAGGGCGCCCCCUGAAGGCCAGGUCAGGGUAAGUCAUUUGCAUCUCCAUAAUUGAUUGGUCUUCACUGUUUAUCUUGCAGGACAGAGGCUUGGGUUGCUGCUUCACUGCAAACCCGCUGUCCAACUGCAGAGGUAUCUGGAGGAAAACAGGACUGAGUUUAGUGUAGACUGAAGCUGGCUUGUUGAGGUUGAUACUUGGAUCUUCAGCCAGUCAGGACAGGCUGUUUGUACCUUGAUGUUCUUUAAUACAUUUGAUAGGAGCAAAUAUAAAGACAUGUUUAUGUCAAGACAGGUUAGAAGAAAAGUUUUCUUUAUCAUCUUCAUGGAGUUAACCAGUCUGUGUACUCUGCCCUACCUCUUUUCUUUCUUCCUCUUCCUUCUUGGUCUCCUCUUCAUUUUGCCCUGCUGUUGUCUUGUCUGUGGAUUCCUCCCGUUUUGUUAACCCCAGUCUUUCAUGGAGAAUAUCCAGCCAUCUCUGCAGCAAAGGAUAAAUGGGGGGUAAAAUUCAUAGAAGCAGAAACAAGGUACAUGAAUCAGCUCACUGCAUAUCAGUGAUUUUUUUUCUCACCACUGUCAGGUCUGUAACAUUAUCUUUUCCAUUUAAACACAGCAGAACCACUACUGUUAGGCUUUAUAUGCAUAGAGCACCUUCAUUUAUUUCUGUCAUGGGGCAGCAGUUGGGUUACGUUUGUAAAGGAAGCUCUUACAUCACCUUAUAAAGACACUUAUUUAUUAGUGUCUAUUAAACAUGUUGUCAAUUAUGGAGAUCAAGACGCCCAACAAACAAAUAUGAGGUAAAGUUUCAGAGGAGUACAUGCAUUUAUGGAUCACCCUGCAGGGGAGAGGGUAAAAUGAUCCCCAACUCAUUUACUUAACAACUCAGGGUCCUUGAGAAGCGCACAAAAGUGUAGUCAAAGGCAUGGCCAUCAGUGUUUGUGCAAUAUAAUUUCAUUUGUGAAUGGAUGAGUAUAAUGUAUCAAGCUUAAGUUGGUCAGAAGAAUACUCCAGCACCAUUUAAGUGUCUUCCUUUCAGACAACCAGUUGAUCAUUCAUCAGGAAAAGGCACAUAUCAAAACAUGUAGUCCUGACAAAGAAACAUGAGCGCUGGUUAAGUAUGCGACAGCACUGAGACUGAUUUAGAUAACUGCUGAGUCUGGUUCACUAUGAAACUGAAUUCCAUUGAUUUAUUGAGUAAGUAAAACAGUUUACAAUAGUUUAUUCAGCUGCUUUUUGAAAUAAUUAUAACAGAGGUAUCAAAACAGUUUUUUGCUCUUACCUGUUGUCCUGCCUGAUACCUGUCAUAAAGCUCAAGGAGGUGGUGGCACUCCACCCUCACCAGCAUUAGCUCAAAGCCCACCAGCUUGGCUUUGUCUGUGUCAACAUCGUCACAGAGUCUGUACUCACUGAAAUACAUGAAGAAGUCACAUUUUUUCAGACUGUACACAGUGAAGACUCAAGUCUCCAUACAGUAUAUUUAGGAUUUAUAGUGGGUGUGGGGACUCAAAAAAAUUUCCUUGCUCCUCUUCUCAUCAGUCCUUACCUUGAUGGCGUGUCAGUAUGAGGCUUGUAUCCGAUAGAGGCCAGGACAGACUGAAUGGUAGAACUGCUGAAAACUGGCAGGAGGCAGUACACAAAUGGACCUGUAAAGGUCUGGAAAAAACACACAAACAUUUCCUUCAUCACUUAGAGAAAAUGACCUCAUUUUGACAAUUUGGUCAUUAUACAUAAAACAACAACAAAAAACACAGUUGUCAGCAUAAAUCAAUGGCAAUGACCAGGCAAACCAGUGAGUUUGGAUGAACUCACUACACACCAAAGAUUUUAAUGACAAUCUUGUAGAUGACAAUAUUACAGUCUGUUUCUCACAAGUACAAACUGAAUUUCCCUAAAUUCUGUUUAAGUCCACAGAAAAAAAACUCAGGCCUAACUAACUCCGGACCCUUCGAUUAUGGGUGACAAAGACACUCUCUGGAGAGCUUUUGGCUCCUACAGUUGGCCUACAAUGACAACUCCACCUUGUGUUUUUUAAAAUAAUAACUUCACAAAGAAAAAAAAAAAGACUAAAGACAAGAACAUUUCUACAUAUCAGUUAUUCUGAAAUGUCAUUAUGCCUGCUAGUAAAAAGGGUUCACCAGCUCCACCAUCUUACCUGAUCAUGGUCAUCAGUCAUGUGACUGGGGGUUUGUCAAAAUGACAAACUCAGGGCCUCUACACAAUAGAUUAAAUUGAUUCAUUUCAUGUCAAACAAAUUAAAGGAAAGUCAAAUGUCAUACUUAAAUUAAUAUAAGAUGGACAGAAAGCAUAGUGCAAUAAAGGAUUAUAAAUAUUAUUUAUUGUUCAAAAACAAACAGCAGCUACAUCCACUAAAUAGCCUGUUAAAUAAAUUCUCCUUUGGGGAUAAAUAAAGUUCUUUUAUUGUAUUCCUACAUAGUCAUCUGUGCUAGUACACAUGAUGUCUACACAGGAUGAUUUCUACACCAGUCUGAUACAAAAUGUAUCUUAAGUUAUGGAAAAACAUGAGCUUUAUUGUGCUUUUGAUUGAGAAGAUGAUAUGUUAGUCACAUUAUUUGAAGAAGUUUUCAAAGAAACACCUCUGACUUUUAUUAUUGUUCUUCUUCUUAUCAUUAUUAUUAUUAUUGGUAGUAAAAGUUAACUUGUGUGAAGAAAGAAAGAAAGAAAGAAAGAAAGAAAAACAUUGCUUUACCUUUAAUGUCUUGAUUUCUUUUUUCCAUGGUUGAAGGAAAAUAUUGACACACAGAGUCUCUAAUAAUUCUGAAGCUUUGAUGAGAGCAGGCAGCGCUUUCUUAAAGUUCAGACUCGGGUCUUGACACCUCCUCUGUACGCACUGGUUGAAGGGGAAGAGUGUGAAAAUCCCUCUCAGGUCCGGUUCUCUCUGGAGAUAAUGAGCCGCCCUCCCAAGAAGCCUCUCAUCACGGCACGGUCCAACUUCAGUCCAAACCUGAAGAAAAGAGUCCACAUAAUUCUCCAAAAGCGCCUGGCGGGGGAAGUCCAUCUUUUCCUUGACUGUGUUAGCGUCCUUCAUGCUGUCAGACGGUUGACCCUCUGCUGGUUUCACUUUAGCUGUAAUGAGGAAGAGCCGACCUAGCCAAUAACGAGGAAGUGAAGGCGACAGCUACGCCUCAUUUACUUCUGCCUCUUUAUAAUGGCAGGUGGACAAACUUCACAGCUUAAGAGGUUUAUUUUAACUGACCUGCUUUCAUUAUAUAUGCUGUUUGGAGUAAAUCUGAAAUUAUAACACAAAAAAGGUGUUUUAAAAAAAAUAAAAAUAUAGCCUUACAACAUAUAAUGGGCCUUUGUAAUCUCAUUACUGAACUGAGCUCAUGGGUUAGAGAAAGAGAAAGAUAUUAGCCUGAUGUAGGGUGGCACUGAAGUGCAAAAACACAAAUAUUAAAACACAACAACAAACAAACAAAAACAGGGCAACCAAGACAUUCAACAACUGUCAAACAGCUGAGACAGGUGGUCCCACAAAGUGCAGCCUGAGAAAAAGAUGAUCUAAUGGAGAUUGUAUUUUCUUGUUACCUACUGACAGACCAAAUGCAGGUGAGCCCAUUAACAGAGUCCUGCUAUGACAGACUCAAGAUAUUUCAGUUAUUUCAGUGUUUCAACACCAACAGGUUUUUCAUCUACUUUACUAAUAAUCUUUCAGAAAAUUCACAAAAACUAAAAACUGUUUUUGUCAUAACUUAAAAUAUUAAUACCAGACUGUCUUUCUCUUUUUGGAAAAUAUGAAGAAGAAAAAAACCACAUUUUUCAUAUAUUGCUUUAAUGUUUUAGAUUGAUAGAGAGUUGGUGAAAGUUUAACUUGUACUUUUAAAUUAAAGCCAGUACAGAGAGCAACAGGAUGUUGUUCUGUUAGUGUUUUGUGGGAAGUUUCAAAGUGCUGUCUCAUUCUUGUGAAAUAAUUUUCAGCCCGUAGCCUCGUGCACUGAAUCAAUUUCCAAGGGCCGUCAUUUCAGUUCUUGGUGGCUCAUGUUUCAGGGUUCAGGAAGAAGAUAUCCUGAGACCGAGCCACGGCACAGGCGGUGGGGUAGGAGAAGCCUUUAUUUUGAAAAUCCUAUAACGGCGCUGUAACAUUUUGUAUCCGGGUUAGUUGGACGCGUUCGACUCACGCGGCCAGUUUCCACUUGGGCGGAAUAGUUACUCACUGCGUUGGAUGUGCUCACCUUUACCAGGUAACUAUCGAAGAUCAUGUCGCGCCAGGGUCGACAGUUUUUACUGACAGGCCGCCAACAGAGAGAGUGUUGAGACGGAGCGUCUGUUUGUUACUGUACAGCUUGAAAUGACCCACUGUGGAACUGCAGCGUGGACUCGUAAGUGUAAAUGACUCAGUGUGGGUGCUUGUAACUACUACACAUCAUUAAAACUGUGGUUCUCAAACAGGUGAGCUUUAAGGACAGCUCUCUCUCCUAAUAUGAAAAACUGUGGGAGUUUAAUCAUGUAGUUAGUUUAAUCUGGUUUAACCAUGUUCAUGAAUGUAUAGUGACUGUUUAUUCUGCUAAACAGCUGUGAUAAACAGUCAUAGUUUUCCUAUUAUUUCAUAUUACAACGCAACCUAAGCAAACGUAAAGAACGUUGUGCACUCUCAAAGCUGUGUGACAGCUGCGUGUUUUCAAACUUAGAAAACAUGUUAAUGAGGAAUGCAUGAUAUAAUUUUUUUUUUUUGCCGAUAUGCAGGUAUUUCCAUAGUAAUUUGGCCCAUACCGAUGUAACUGUCAAUCUAUGGGGAUCAAUUAAACUCCCACUAUUCCUAAAUGCUGGUUAUCAAGAGUAGACAUAGACUAAUUCAUCAGUCAGGGGAAUAAUUCAUUAAAUAUUGGCAUUUUGACAUAAUCAGUAUCAUAUCGGCAUUGGCCCUCUCAAAGCCGAUAUCACCCUCAUCUUUUAUAAAUGAUAACACAUCAUUCCCAUCACCUUUUUACACCUUUUUCAAUCUAUAACAGUCAUUGACGAGUGUGUUGAUAUUGUGUUAUGAUAUCUGGUAUUGACAGAAAUAUGAGGCAUGUCUGAGUCUUACUGUUGAUUAAUUAAAAGUCCAUCUAAACCGUAUAAAUGGCCAAGACAAUCACAUAGGUUAUAAAGCAAUUGGAAUAAUGAAUCUAUGUAUGUCUUUCUUUUUUAUUCUAACCCCAGUAGUUACCUCAUUUUCUUUCCUUUUUAAAAAUGACACAUCCCUGUGGAAACAUUUAGUAAAGAUUCAUAUUUUCCAUCUACAUCAGUUUGAUAAAACCAUUUCCAAACUUAUGGGCUUUUAUAAAAUAUCUUUUUUUGUUGUUUAUAUGAUUUAAUUAUAUUUUGUCAAAUGCAAAAAGUGUGACCUUCACCUUUUCAUUCUGAGACUUCUUCAAAACCCUUGUGACUGUUCAGGUUGAUACAGAAUUAAAUUGGUAGUGUUGGGGGAUCGUCAGUUUAGUGUGUAUCCUCAUGUCUAUCAGUUCUAAUAUUAAGCCCUUUUUAGCUGUUUUCUGCUUAUGUAGAUGCUGGUAAUAUUGUGCAUCCCUGAGACCAAGGAAAGAAGUAUUUUCAACUCAAGGUUUAGCUUUUCAAUGAUGCCGACCGACAUGGCGUGACAACCUGUGACCCACUAACCUUGUUGGCUGAUUCCUAUUUUUUUGCUGAAUCUUCAUGUACUGUAAUGUUAAAAUUGUGUUUUCUAAUGCUUUCUAAUCCAACAUUUAGGAGUUGGUAAUGGUGUGGUUAGUCCAGGUUAAAUGUAUGAAUUGACUGCUGCUGAAUGUCUGUGCCCCUGCAGAAGCAUAAACCAUAGAACUACAAACAUGAAGAACAGGAGCGGUGGUUGGCUGGAUAACCGACUCAGGCAGAGAUUGGAGCAGGUAUCAGUAUUAUUUGUUCUUGUAGAGUUCUUUAGUAAUCUUUCUGAUAAAAAUUGGUUAAGGGCAGGCCUACUUAUAUAUCAAAAGUCUUUCUUUUGUUUUUGUUUUUUUUAAAUAACUGUCCUGACGGAGGUGCUGGAGCAACUGUCCAAAGUUCAACAGUUUGGAAAUUCACAAGAUAUCAUUUAUACUUUUCACAACCUGCAUCCAAUGAUUCAGAGUAGGAACUAUGAAGUCAUUUACUCUGCUUUACUCUUAAUAACUGUAAGUGAACCAGACCCCUCUACAUUUUUGCUCAAAUGACACCAAAGUUGCUUCUCAUUAUCUGGUUGCUUGUAGCCAAUGAUCUGAAUUUAUUUUUCUUAGUCAUCAAAACUGAGCCCACAAUAGGGAUAGACAGAUUAAUCAGUCGUCUGGUUACAUAUUUGUUAAAUCACACAGCGAUUUGGCCAAACAGUCCUUUAUUUUAAAAAUAGUUUUGAUGAGGUCAUCAUAACUGAUGACAGUCUGUUGGACUUGGAGUGAUUUGAUAAACAGGCCAGCAUAAAACAGACUGUGUGCAGGAGAUCUUUCUCACUGGCUAACUCAUUCCUACUCCUCGUGUGUCUUAGUAAUUGUACAAUAACAACAGUGUUCCCUCUGUGCGAUAAUGCAUACACAAACACACACACACACACAGAGUCUUUCGAUCAAACUUCAUAUAAUACAAAAUAAAGAAAAGUAAGGACUUGCUGAACAGGCGGUGCAGAAAGCUAAAAUGUCUUCAGGGUCUCUUGAAUGGUCUUUUUUUUUUUUUUUUUAAUCAAACCAGGUCAGAGUAAGUGGUUUCUGAAGGACAGCCCCAAAUGAGAUAGCCUGCUUGUGAUCUUAUUUCAUUCAUCCAUGCAGAGAUAGCCUGACCCUAACUCGUGUGAUUCUACUUCCAGUAUCUGGCAUCCAGUAACAGUGAGUAUGUGGACCUUGCAGCUGCUGCCUUGGAGCUUCAAAGACAGUACAGGCAAGUCCACAGAGACAGGGAUGUCCUCUGUCUCUGACUCAGAAUAGGACUCUUUCAUCAGUCCUAGACUUACUCUUCUUGUCAGAUUGCUGUCUAAUAAAUUAACAUGUCUACAUAUAUGCCAAUUUGUUUUUUUUCUCUUCAAGAUAGUUUCUCUAGCCUAAUUUCAAAUGUGACAAAAGUACAACACUGUGUAGUUAAGAAAAAACCUGCACUGCACCUCUUAACAACCAGAUGAAGAACAGCAGAACCAUAAUUAGGUUGAGAGUUAAUGCAGGCUUGUUAGAUUAGUGUGCUGUUGUUUCUACCAAGUUAGGCACAAAAAGUCCACAUGAUCCUGUGUUUAUAUUGUGUUAUACUGUAUCAUCAGGAUGGAGUAUGGCAGAAGAAACAAGACAGCGUUCAGGAUCCAAGUAGAGAAAGGUAAGAAAAGAAAUACUGACCCAUAACCAACUCAAGUGAUUUACAGUUGUGUGUGAAAGUCAGGGCACCCCUUUAAAAAAAGCAUAGUUUAUUUAUUAAAAAAUUAACCUUGAUAUUUAUAGUCUCUCUCGUGAAUAGGAAAAAAGAAAAUAUUGUCAGAAAUCACAUGCAUAGUUACUUUUUAUUUUAAGUAUGUGCAAAUGUCAGGGACCCUGAGAGCUUUAAAGUGUCUGGUCUUUAAAGAUUCUUUUUAAAAGCUCAGACUUUCACCAGCUCGUUAGUCCUGAAGAAGGUGUCAACAAUUCUCCCCAAACCUUGUGCAUUAAUCCAGCAACCAUGGGUUCCUCUAAGAAGCUGUGUAAGACAGAAAAGAUGAAAGUUAUUGAUGCCCACAAUGCAGGGGAGGGCUAUAGGAAGAUAGCAAAGUGUUUCCAGCUUGCAGUUUCCACAGUGCGAGGUAUAAUUAAGAGAUGGCAGGUGAGGGGAACUGUGGAGGUCAAGAUAAGAUUGGGAAGACCAAGUAAAAUCUCAGAGAGAACAGCUCGUUUGCUGGUCAGAAAAGUAAAUCAAAACCCACAUUUGACUUCAAAAGACCUGCAAGAAUAUUUAGCAGAUGCAGGAGUGGUGGUGCACCCUUCCACUGUGCGGCGAUGUUUGAACAAACAAGACCUUCAUGGAAGAGUCUGCAGAAGAAAACCUUUCCUGCAUCCUCAUCAUAAAAUACAAUGACAAAAAUAUGCAACAGGACAUCUAGAGAAGCCUGACGACUUCUGGAAACAAGUGCUGUGGACUGAUGAAUUUAAAAUGAAACUCUUUGGCCACAAUAAGCAAAGGUAUGUUUGGAGGAAAAAAAGGAACAGCUUUUCAGGAAAAGAACACCUUGCCAACUGUGAAAUAUGGGGGUGGAUCCAUCAUGCUUUGGGGUUGUGUUGCAGCCAACGGGACAGGAAACAUUGCACGAGUGAAUGGAUUCCAUUAAAUACCAGCAAACUCUGGAGGCAAAUAUCACAGCAUCUGUAAAAAAGCUGAAGCUGAAAAGAGGAUGGUUUCUACAGCAGGAUAAUGAUCCUAAACAUACCUCUAAAUCCACCAUGGACUACCUCAAGAAACGCAAGCUGAAGGUUUUGGAAUGGCCUUGUAGACUUGUAGUUGGCUAUAAAACGCGUUUACAAGCUGUGAUAUGCCAGAGGGGGUCUUACUAAGUACUGAAGGUACUGAUGCUGAAGGGUGCCCUGACAUCAUUUGCACAUGCCAAAAGGAUGAUUUUUAUUUUUGUAAUUUUGUACUUUUUAUAAAAUAAAAGUAACUGCACAUUAAUGAUUUCUGAUAAUAUUGUUUUAUUUUCUAUUUACCAGAGAGACUAUAGAUAUCAAGGUUAAUUUUUUAAUAAAUAAACUAUGCUUUUUUUUACAGGUGUGCCCUGACUUUCACUCACAACUGUAUCUGUACUCAGCCUCAUCUUCCCUAUCUUAGCGUGCAUGCAUGUGGGUGCAUUGAGUGUGUGUGUGUGGCUUUGUGUGAGACUGUGUAUGUGUACUGUUGGCUGUGGGUUGUAUUGUUUUGGGUAGGGCAACUGUGUGUGUGUGUGUGUGUGUGUGUGUGUGUGUGUGUGUGUGUGUGUGUGUGUGUGUGUUUGGGGGGCAUGUGGGAUUGUUGUGGUUUUUUAAUGGACUGUAAAGCACUUUGUGUUACAUCACUUUGUAUAAAAAGUUUGAUUUGAUCUGAUUACAUUUGAUAACCAAACCAUGAGAUAGUGUUGUUUUUACAUUCAUGUACAUUUAGAGUCAGAUUCAGAUUUGAUUUAUUGUCAUUGCACAUGUCACAAGUACAGAGCAACGAAAUUGCAUUUCAGUUUGACCUGUCCAAGAAAACAUAAAGAAGACAGACACAAAGGGGAUACCAGGGCUUGUUGUCACACUUUUUACACUCUUCUAUAUUUCUUGGAAUCAAUACAUCAUAUAUAAACAAAAUGUGUACCAGAUGAAAGACCAAAUUCUCAGGUAUAUCAUUUUUAUGUCAUUUUCAUAUCUUGUGCUAGUGCAGAGUUAUAAGCAAUCAAACGGAGAGUGUGAACAUGUGACAUGUUGCCCCACCAUUGGGUAAGCUGUCUCACUACAUGGGGUAAGAUGUCACAGUGGAUUUUGCAACUAAUAAAACAAGGACAAAAUUGUUGUUCUUGUUUUUUUACGUGAAAGUGAACAUCAAGGUCAGGCACAGAAAAUGUUUAUCAUUGAGCUAGAAAAAGUUGUUGAACAUAGCCAGUGAACAAUCGUUAACAUAAACUAUUAUGUAACAUGCUCUGGAAUUUGGAGAGCUGUCUGACUCUGUAUUUCGGUUGGGGUGAAUGUUUUGCAGUACCAAGCCAAGGUAUGGUAGUUGACAUUAAAGUCCUUUAUCGUAGUCGCAGAUUGCAGUCGCAGCAUGGACAAAGGUGCACUGCUCCACUAAAACCAACUACACAGUGAGCUCAUGCUUUUUUACUCUGAGACAGUGAGGGGUGAGAGUAGUUUGCUGAUCCUUGAUCAUAUUGCUAUCAGGGAUAUUGUGGUAAUUGAUCUAUUACCACUUAUGCAUUUAUUAACUGUACUCUGGUUUGAUUUUACUGAAGUUAAAUAGUGUUAUUUUUUAGGUUAAAUUAUCAAACAGCUAUAUAACAACUAUGUAACAAGUGUACAAUAAAAUAUCAUCCCUCUCAAAAAGAGCCACUUUUAAAAUUGAUUUAUGCCUUUGGGAUAUUUUGACUUCAUUACAGAUAAGAGUCAAUGAUCUGUUCUUCUGAGAAAAUAAUGAAACUAAAGUCAUGUCUUCCAACAAAUGUGUCCAUGUAGUUUUUCUGUUUUUAAAUAUUAUGAACUGAGAGAAGCUCUAAUUGGUCUUUUAAAUCUUCCUUUUCAAGUGUAUGAAGCAAUCAUGAAGGAGUCUGGACCCAAUGACCUAGAGAGCAAACACCUGGCUAAGAGAGCCAAGCACAGCCACAAUGACACUGGGUAAAGGACCCUUUGUGCCUGAUGUUUGGUCUGUCACCCUGAGACUUCACUGUCUCUUUUUUUAUCUGCCAUUCUCAUCCUCUUGUUAAAAAUGUACAACUGUGUCAUUCACAGUGAUGGAAGCAGCAGCAGCUCAGAGUUUUCUGACAGUGAUGAUCACAUUCAAGAGAACACAGUAAGACAUGAUGGGAAAUUUUUAUCAAAAGAGUCACAGUAGAAACUUGUGUCUUCGAUUUUCAUAGAAAGCUUAACCCUUGUCGUGAAACAUGACUGUUAUUUAUCAAAGCAUUAAUAAACACUCAGUUCUAGCUUCAUUCAACCGUGUUUUUAAGAACAGGUUUGAAUGGAAAUGCAUUCAAUAAUCUGCAUCAGGUUAAAGGUUUGUGUCAAUGUCCAGUGAUAAUCUGUCAAGAAGAUUAGACUUGACUCAGUAUAAAACAUAGACUUUUAAAAAAAAAAUGGACAGUGAAAGAAAACAGAUUUCUUAAGCAGCCCAGAAAUCUAUGAUUUAACAACCUCAUUUUCUGCAAAAUAGCAUUGAGAUCAGAUGUGUAACGCUGUGGUGUUUAUUUGGCUGUUGGGCUUUGCCUUUUUAGUUUCCUAUGAAGUUAAGUUUAACACAUCCUUGACCUGUGACUUGACUGCAUGCACAGAGACUUUCUGUUAAUGUAAUUUCUUUAAACUAUGGGGAUGAGAUUGGGCAUGCAGGUUUCCUAAAUGUUGAGCUGUAACUUCAGACUACAUGUACACCAAGUUUUAAUGACUCCUUUUCCCUACAUUUUGCCUUCUGCAGCCCACCAACCAUAUGAACAGCUCACUUACAUCCCUGUACCGAAAGGGACAGUCUGAGUCCAGCACCUGCUCACCCAGAAAGGAUCCGCCUGCUGCCAGCUGCCCUGCAAACAUAGCCGACCCCCCUCCCAGUACAGGAACACUGGUUUCCACAGGUGGCUGGUUUAUUGAUAGAGGUAGAGGCCCUGAGAAGGAGAAAAUCCUCAUCGAUCUUUGUGAAGAGGAGCCAGAUAACACAGCAGUUAAUGUAAGUGUGUGAUCUGUACAGAAAUACAUGGGACAGAAAACGUCCUGACAUGGUUAGUAACCAGGUUUCAGCUGUUUAGUCUGAGGAGAAGAAAUAUUUUAUUUUCAGAUUAAUUCUGUUUGUUUUGUGGAAGAUUCAUGUGGAGAUGGUUUCAGAGUGGAAGCCAAGAAACAUUAUUUGCUGUUGAUUGGAGAGCUGUGACUGCUAUGUGCACUGGGCAGGACUGACUCAACAAGAUUACUGAAAUAUGUCUUUGAUUGAAUUAACCCAGCUUCUCCAAUUUUGUCAGUCCCUCUCUUUCCCCAGUAAGGCCUCUGACAUACAGCAUGUUGAGAGAGGAAGAGUUAGUGGACUACACAUUUGACUUGUUUCCUCACCAGUCACAUUCAGUCUCCCUCACUUCACCUUAGGGAGAGAGUUAGUAUCCCACGAUACUGUGUUGCUAAGCAAGCCCAUCUACUCAGGUUUACAAUCAUGUGAUAUUGUGUACAUAGAAUAGACCCACCCUGGAAGCCAAAUUCAGUAUUUUCACAGUGACUUUAAAUGCCUGGCACGGUGUAUUCUACUUGGAUGUCCACUUAGUUCGGUUUUCAGAUGAAUUUCCUGUAUUUUAAAAUGUUAUUAUUAUUUUUUUUUGUCUAGAUAAUAAGCAGCUCUUCGACAGCCUACAGAUACCUUUCAAAUAAUCAAAUAAUGUACAAGUACUUACCACACUUCCUAUGCUCAGCUGAUGCCAUUCAUCUAAUACCUUUACUUUCUUGGUGUUUGUGACCAGCAGACAGACGUGUCCAUACGGGAGCCAGUGAAAUCUCACAAAAAGCCCAAAAAAAGAAACAAAAUCUCCACCGACUCUGACAGUCUUAACAAAAAAGGUAAUUUCUGCUCCAGUUUGUCUGUCUCGCUGUUAAAUAUAUAUUUUUUUGCAUGUAGGACUCCUCACAACAAUGUAAACAAUGCAAUGAUUUCUAGUAGGAAUGUAAAGAACUAGAAUUUUUUUAAAGGGCCAUGGGUGCUACUGCAGGGGUGUAAACAUUAUGAUGAGAUUCUUCCGUGAUUUCAAAUAAUUAAUACUAGUGGCAUUGUGAUAUUAUAUACAAGGAGCAGACCUACAUCUAACAUUGUUUUUUAAGUAUUUAUUUAUACAACUAAAAAACCAAUAUUUCAAAAAAAAGUAGACAUUUGAAAAACUCCAAUAAUUACUCCUUAUUUUGUCUUGUUCCAUUAUCUUUAGUGCAAGUUUUUCUUUUUGCGACUUACAUUGUGAAAAACUCAUACACAAUAGAAAAAAGUAAUAGCACCCUGAUCCUGAUCAAACUGCACUUUUUGAUUUAUAACUUGUUAAAAUUCUGUAAGUCUCUCUGCUUAGAUGAACACAUCCUUAGAGACAGAUCAAGUGUGUUUACAAAUGUGGAAAAAAAACAUGCAUGGAGAGUGUAAAUUCUGGCUGGGAGAAGUGUGGAAAGAGAAAAAUUUCUGAUCAUUUCAUGCAACUUCUUUCACCCUAGCCGAUAAUGUCAUCCACUCUGGCAUGAACAUUCCAUGUAAUACACACCCAUUAAAAUCUCAAAAACAGUGAUUGAUCAAAAACUACAAUACCUAUCAUAACUUGGAUUAAUAUACCAAUCGACAAGACUUGUGUCUACGUUAUAAAGUUUAAAUGGAGUCUCUAGGUGAAAGUAUGCUGGGGUAAAAGACAUUUGAAAAUCUCUAAUCAUUUUUUUUUUUUUUUUUGGCUUAACUGUUGGACUAGUAGCAAAAUAGAAAUCUGUCCUGGAGAGGAAGAAGAAAAAUCCACUGUAUAACAAUAGUGUCUUGGUGUGUUUGCCUCAUGGCCCUCAAUACUGUCAGUGCAUUUAGAGUAUUAAUUUAGUUUAUUUUUGUGAAUUUGUGUGUGAGAGUUCUGCCCUUUCUUUAACAAGCUGCCCCAGUCUGCUGUGAUGUCUCAUGUUGCGUUACCUGUUUAAUUUUUCUCAGCCAAAUUAAAGUCCCCUGAGCUGCAGUACCCCUCUCUGAGGUUUGAAGAUGUAGGAGGAAAUGAAGAAACCUUGACGGUUAGUUCCUAAAACCUUUGCUUACUUUUAUGUUGUAUCUGCUUUUGUGAAAUGACCCUCAGUUUUUGGUCAGUUACUCCAUCCACAAUGACCGGUGUCAGUAUAAUCUCAGUCACACACACACUGAGGAUGUGAUUGAGCUGUAAUGAAUAUGUGUUAUACUGCCUACUACUGAACAUCCUUGUAGGAAGUGUGUAAGCUGCUCAUCCACAUACGUCACCCAGAGGUCUACCAGCAGCUAGGGAUGGUCCCACCCAGGGGCUUCCUCCUCCACGGACCUCCAGGCUGUGGGAAGACCCUGUUAGCUCAAGCUGUAGCCGGAGUAAGUGUCAGAAAAUCCAAGCCAAUGUAGAGCAUCGCCUAGCCACAAAGUUUCAAUGUAAAGCCUUAGAUGUAUUCAAUCCUGAUCAUAUUUAAACAUUUACAGAUACAAAUGAACUCAGUCCAGCUCAGCACUAUUACACUCUAGAAAGCUCCUCUCUGCAGCUCAGGCAACAAAGUAAACCUGAUGAAAUACCCUGUAUGUAGUGUGCCUGUUAAUGGAGAGUUCCUACAGUGCUUCUGCAGUGAGGUCAUGGUGAGUGCAUCAGUGAAAAAGUCAGCUUUUAUAUUUAGAUCAUGUGUUUGUGUUUGGAUAUCUCAGGAGCUUCAGCUGCCCAUGUUGAAGGUGUCGGCUCCAGAGCUGGUGUCUGGAGUUUCUGGGGAGUCUGAACAGAAGCUCAGGGAGCUGUUUGACCUGGCUGUGGUUAGUAAGGCCUUUCAUACUACUGUAACCAUGUACAGGUGCGGGUCUCGGGUUUAGGUGGUACAGUGUGAGUGCUAACCUAACUAAGGGUAAAUAUUGUCGUUGGACUCUAAAAAAUCAGAUGUCCUUGCUUCUCUCUUGCCCCCUCUAUCAGAGCUCUUCCCCAUGUAUCCUGUUUAUAGAUGAGAUUGAUGCUAUUACCCCGAAGAGAGAGGUGGCCUCCAAAGACAUGGAGAGGAGGAUCGUUGCUCAGCUGCUUACCUGCAUGGACGGUAGGACAGGACAAGAUUCCUGCUACUAACACUGACUAAUCCAUAAGAGUUACAUAGAUUCAUCUGUUCUUAUGCUCACAGUUGAGCCUUUGCAGUGUAUAAUGCAUCGUCAUGAACUCAACUGUUCUUUUUUGUAAGUGGACAUAUUAGACUAACCUUACUUGUCUGGUACUUUUCUUAUGUUGAGAAAUAUUAAUGUAAAUCUGUCACAUACUCCAACAUUUCUCUGUGCUUGUCUUUUGAAUUAUAAAUUAACUGACUGAAGAAACACUGGAGAGGUGAGUGUGAAAAAACUGCAGCGCUUUUACCAAAUGCUUUUUUUCUCUUCCUCUUACAGACUUGAACAGUCUGACCGUGACAGCACAAGUCCUGGUCAUUGGUGCAACCAACAGACCGGACUCCCUGGACCCUGCUCUUCGCAGGGCGGGACGCUUUGACAGAGAGAUCUGCCUGGGUAUCCCUGAUGAAUCAGCUCGUCUCAGGUAUAACAUCUUCUUGUUCACUCUUUCUUCAGAUUACUUGCCUCCUAAAUAACAUUUGUCGUUUUAUCGUUGUCCUUUACUGGCUGGUUUUGACCAUGUUUGUAAAAUCAUUUGUACAUAUUCUGGUUUUCUCGCAGCUCACUGUUGAUAUUUAAAGGUCUGAGAAAACACAGAACAGAGUUUCCUGAGUAUCAACACUGAGCUAAAGGAGAGCUUUCACUGUGUCUGUGGGGAUUUUCUGUCUGCCUGCAGCUUAAUAGUUUGAUUUAUCAAAUAAAACAAUAACGUUGAAUGUGGUUUAGUGUGAAUUUGAACUUCUGGCCUUAACUAAACUAUGGCGUAUGUACAGAAGAGGCUUGGGUUGAGGCAUCUAUCCAAGGAUCACAUGCACAGUACCUACAUCUAAUGCCUUGUACUCUGUUAGGAUCUUGAAGACCUUGUGUAGGAAGCUGAAGCUGUCGGAGGAUUUCGACUACCAGCAGCUCGCCCGCCUCACCCCUGGCUACGUGGGUGCAGAUCUCAUGGCUCUGUGUCGAGAAGCUGCCAUGAGUGCAGUAAACAGGGUUCUGCUAAGGGAGCAGCCACAGAGCUGUAAGCAGAGAUCAUCUGAGGAGCUGUUAACAAGCACAGUUCAGAUUGAGGCGGCUGUGACGGAUGAACAAGUCGGAGAACAACAGACUUCAGACUCUAACCCAGUACCUGUGGAAGAGUCCAUGCAGACUCUGCAGGUACGGCUUCAAGAACACAUCUCACAGACUUCUCUCAGGAUGAUCGUAAACCCACCAUCCUGAAAGACUAACCACAGUGUUUGGGUGUUAUGAAUGUGUUUGUCUGUUAGCCUUUUAUUCUCACUUCAAUCACUAUGAAAAUCAGUCUGCAAACUCAGAAAACCCUCUGGUGAACUUGCUGUGGAGACUUACUUAACAGUAGACUUUAACCAAGACCAGAUAAGGCCACUGUAGCCCUGGGACUGUGAUUGGAUCUCUGUAUUUUUGUUGUCAGAAACGCAUAUUUAUAUGCGCUGUGGCCUCAAACCUGAUUCAUCUCCACAGUGUUAAAAACAAUAUGACUCAGAGGCUUCUGUCUGCUUUGGUAAACUUGUGCUUUUACCUAAAUUUGAAAAAUUUAACAGUCAGUUAUCAUACAGAUAAAUUCAGAGAUGUAGGAAAGUCUAAUGUAUUUCAGAUAUUAUUUUCUGUGGUGUCCUGAUGGGCUGUGUGGUCUGUGCAGCAGGGAGAACUGUGGAACCUACUGCACCUCCUGAAGAGCACUCAGACACUGUCGGAGGAAGAACUAGCUGGCCUGACUAUCCUCAUGUCGGACUUCCAACUCUCUCUGUCCAGCGUUCAACCCUCAGCCAAGAGAGAGGGCUUCGCCACAGUACCUGAUGUCACCUGGGAGGACGUGGGCGCCCUUCAAGACAUCAGGGAGGAGCUCACCAUGGCCAUACUGGUAACCACAAGACGUCCCAAUAUAAGAUGCUGGACCAUUACUGUCUAUAGAACUUUUGAAAGAGAAAAUCCAGGAUAAACUGCAGUGUUUCCCCAAAGAUAGAAAAAGGAGGGAGAGUAAAGUACUGUUUUCUGUAGUUUAUUCUUAUUUUACUUUUAUAAAUAAGCUUGAUAGUCUAAUUUUUCAUGUAAAACCACUAAAAGGCUAUUUCCAUGAUGCAGACUGCAGCUGUAUGUGAACCACAGGUAUCAUGAUGUUUGAAUAUGUCCUUAAAGGACAGAAAACCCCUGUUCACCUGUCAGCGAAAACAUUAACAGCCAUAUUUAAAUUUCCAGUAAAGCUAAUUUUUAAUGCAAAUAUCAUGUUUUUUUUUGCUAUUAUUUGCAUGAGGAAAAGUACGAUUCAAAAGUUUUAAAACUUUUUGAACAUUGCCUUUACCUCUAACAUCAUAGAAAUUCACACAGAGGAAUACUGUCCAAUGCAACAAAAUAUAACUCUUGGAGGAAGUUUUUGAGGCACAUGAAUUCCUGCUUUUUGCACGUGAUCUUUUGACAUCCUCCACAAAGUUCAGCUGAAAAAUAAGAUCACCUGGUAUCCUCCCCCAGUGUCAAAGAGGAGGAUGAGACUGAGGAUAUCAUCCUACAAACAUAAAAAAAAACAACACAGUGAACUGAGAAAUGAACAAAGCUUUAGUGAUCCUAGAGUGUAUUUGAAGUGGGUACUGGGUAAGAGGGUUGAUCUUCACCUAUCUUUUAGUUCUAGACACAGAUUUUGGGGCAUUUUCUUAUUGCACUUGACAGGUGGACUGGGUCUUUGGAGCACUGCCACAACGUAGGUUUGUGUGUGUGUGUGUGUGUGUGUGUGUGUGUGUGUGUGUGUGUGUGUGUGUGUGUGUGUGUGUGUGUGUGUGUCCAGGCUCCUGUGCGAUCUCCGGAGCAGUUCAGGGCUCUGGGGCUCAGUGCUCCGUCUGGUGUGCUGUUGGCUGGACCCCCAGGAUGCGGAAAAACACUUCUUGCCAAGGUAACCCACACAAACACUAUUAUUAAUUAUUAUUAAUAAGAGUGGCAUCUUAAAAUAAUUUUAAUGCAAUUUACUGUGAAGAACUUCCAAUGCAGUUUUUUCUUUUUAUUUUGAACACCAAUAAUUUCCAAACCCAAACUCUUGGUCCAUAAAUACAUUCACAGAUUUAAUACAGUUGUAUACAAAAGUUUGUGCAUUCCCUUUAAACAGCAUAUUUUAUGUCUUAUAAAAAAUAUAUAAAUAUUUGCAGUCCUUUGUCUUUUUAAUAAGACAAUAUGACCCGGAAACAUUAAUACAUAGUUACUUUUUAUUUCAUAGAUUGAACUAAAAUACAAAAAUAGAAACAUCCUUUUUACAAUUACAAAAGUUUGUACAUGCACCUACACAGGCAGGACUUUGAGUACUUAGUAAGACCCUCUUUGGCACAUAUCACAGCUUGCAAACGCUUUUUAUAGCCAACUACAAGUCUCUGGAUUCUACUCUUUGUGAUUUUUCUCCAUUCUUCCAGUUCUGCAAUAUUCUUGGGUCGUCUUGUUUGCACAGCUCUUAUAAGAUCUACUCACAAAUUCUGAAUGAUGUUCAAGUUUAGAGACUGUGAAGGCCAAUACAAAACCUUUAGCUUGUGUUUCCUUAGGUAGUCCAUGGUGGAUUUUGAGGUGUGUUUAGGAUCAGUAUCCUGUUGUAGAAGCCAUCCUCUUUUCAGCCUCAGCUUUUUUACAGAUGGCUGCAACACAAGUGCAAGGCAUAAUUGAUUCCCCAUCCCACCUCCACCCCCCAUAUUUGAUGAGGUGUUUUUUUCAUGAAAUGCUUUCCCUUUUCUUCCACAAACAUACCUUUGCUUAUUGUGGCCAGAGUUCUACUUUCACUCCAUCAGUCCACAGCACUUGUUUCUGAACUCAUAAGGCUUGUGUAGAUUUUCUGUUCUGCAUAUUUUUCAUGUUGUAUUUUAGGAUGAGGAGGACUGAGGAUGAGGUUUCCUUCUGCAGACUCUGUCAUGAAGGUCUUGUCUGUGCAGGUCUUUUGCAGUCCAAUGUUGGUUUUCAUUUCCCUUUCUGACCAGUCUAUGAACUGCUCCCUCUGAGUUUCCUUGAUCUUCCAGAUCUCGUCUUGACCUCUACAGUUUCUCUCACCUACCUAUAGUGGCGAAGCCUAAAACUUGACACCGCUGAGGGUUGCUGACGCGUUACACUUAAUUGACACGCUGCGCUGUGUUUACUCUGGAAAAAAUCAAAAUGUCCAACAUAUGAACAACAUAAGACCCAAAAAAUGGCUCUUACACUACCAUCUCUUAUUUCUUUAUGGCACUGUGGAAACUACAAGCUCAUAACACUUUGCUAUCUUCUUGUAGUCCUUACCUGUGUAGUGGGCGUCUUACACAGCUGCCUUGAAGAACUCAUGGUUGUUGAGUUUUUGCACACGGUUUGUGGGGUCAGAGGGCUCUAUUUUCGUGCGCGCCGGUGAGGCGGCGGAGGGCGGCGAGCCCUGCGCAGUUGUAUUUUCGUCUGGCGGAGCCCGGCGUAAGGCCAGUUUGGUAUUUUCGUGGACUGAGCCGCACGGAGGCGAGCCGAGAUCCGCCAAGCUGGGCGUGGUGGCGUGGCAGGGGGAGGUGUCGACAGAAUCAGCAGGCGCAGUGACAUUUUCGUGCUCGCCACCGGCGUGUAAAGUACGCUGAAAGCUCGCCGAUUCAAACCUGGUCAGCUUUCAGCGCAAGGCGGAGCUCAGCUGGUCUAGUAGUAUUUUAGUAGACCGGCGGCGUAUCUGCAUACGUCACUGAUGCCUCACCGGCAGGUUUCCACAGUGUCAGGCACAUUUUAGUGCAAUAAAUAAUUAUCAACAACUAAUAAUCUGUGUCAGCACAUACAUUUAGAUCUAUAGAUAUAUUCUGAUCUAUAUCUGAUCUGAUGAGCACGUCUGGCACGCGUUUGGACACACAACCUGACCGAAUCAACACAGCUAAAACCGCAUAAAAUUAAAUUAGAUAUCUAGUAAAUAGACACACAUAAUGAAGUUAACAAGAUAUGUAAUUCGUCUCCCUCCUUUUCUUUCUUCCUCUUCCUCUUAUUUCUCGCGCAGCUCGACCUGGACACGUCUCCGUGUCCUCUGUCCGUCUUGCUUCUGCGGCGGCCGAACAGAUGAUUUGUUUCAGUGCUCAGAUGCGUUAUCUACUUUAAGCCUAUAAACGGAUAUUAUAAUAUUCAGUUUUGUGGGCCAAAUUUAUUUUAUAUACCAACAUCUAUGAAAGAAAGAGCCAGGCCACGGAGCGCGAUGCGUCAUUUACGCACAGAUGGUUCCAAUUUUAAUGCCAUUUUUGGAGUUUAUGUUGUGAUCUGUGCGCACAACCCACCUUUGUCACGUGAGGUUUGAAUAUGUGCAACUUUAUGUGUUUGUCUUUAUUUGUGGAAAAGGGUGUUUGUCUUACCACUGGGUCCAACUUUACACACACCAAAUCCAUCUGUGCUCAUAUGAGAGAGUGUGAAGGACGCCCAAUGUGACAGUGACACUUGUUGAGGAGCUGCCCUCUGUCGCCAUCUUGUGGCAUUACUGUCUUAAGACAUCUCUUGAUCUCUUUGACUACUUCAUGAAAAUAGUAAUACGCCUCGCCUGUGGCGGAUUUAAAGGCAAGGAGAGGAGCUUAUGUGAUUGGUGAAAACAGGUCUCGGCUGUGUUAAACCCACUACACGCCCUCUUUCCUCCCCGUCUACGACUUAUGGUGCUGGGAGGAGCUGAGUUAGGGAGGGGGGAUACUUAUGCCGGGCUGCGCGGCUCACCAAAAUACCAAAAUGUGCUUGGGAAUGCCUUGUCAGCGCGGCGGAUCUGACUGACGCCGCGCUUGCGGCACGUCGCCGGCGAGGCAUGAAAAUAGAGCCCAGAGUGUUUAAGAAACUCUGAAAUUGGCACCAGCUGGCACUUCUCUAAUGACAAUUGUGGACAUAUGCUUCUGGCUUAACGAGCUUGUAAAGGUCUGAGCUUGUAAAAAGACACUUUGAUACGUCUGUCUCUCUGUAAGUAUCUAAAAUCCAUCUUUGAAUGACUCGUACAGAGCACUGACUAAAGCCCCCUUACUUCAAUUUCAGGACCAGUCUGGGUGAUCUGCUGUUUUGUUUUGUAUAGAGAGUGAAAUUAGACAAAUGAUAUGAACAGACAUGGCCAGGUUCUGUCCCACACUAACAGUAAUUCUUACUACUUUAAAACUUUUAUAAAGAAUGUAUUCAAAGUUUCAGAACCUCAAUGUCUUUCCUAGAUUGUGUAACUCUGUUGUCUCCUGUUUUACAGGCAGUGGCCAAUGAGUCAGGUCUCAACUUCAUCUCUGUCAAGGGUCCAGAGCUGCUCAACAUGGUGAGUAACUGAGGUGCACAAAUGCAUUUUCAACCCUAGUGUUUAUUUCAAGUCUGAUGAAUCGGGUGAAAAAUAGUUUGGUGUCUGUUGGAUUAGCUUAAGGGCUGAGAUCAAAACUGAGCAUGAGGUGAGGUGAGAAAUGAGCUUGCAGGAGACAGCAGGAUCCAGUUUAAAGGGUUUAUUUGACAGGUUGGUAUGGUAUGCUGCAUAGUGGUGUUUCUGGAGUAUAAAGCAGGAAAUAAUAACAAAAAUUAGCAUUCAUGGCAAAUAAAACAUUCAUUCAUAAAGUUUUAACAUAUUUCAUUAUUUAAUUUAAGGUUAAAUUAAUCCGAAGUCAACAAAGAUGCAAAAAAGGUUCUCAAAUUGAACAAAACUUACAUUCUGAUCAGUGGCAAUUGCUUAAGACUGCAAGGGAAGCUCAGCUUCCCUUAAAAUGUCACCCCCCCAAAAAAAAGAAAAAGUAGUGAAAUACGUACUGCUGUGUGUACAUUUCAUUAACUAAAUACGCGCUAGAAAGCCUUCAUCUUUUGUUCAGAAUCAGCUUCUUAUCACAGUGUGAUAAGAAGGUGAUUCUGCACAACUUCGUUCACAUUCAUCCUCGCAGCGCCUCAGCGCUUUAAACAGCCGGACGCUCAGCUUCUGCUGACUUCAAUGUGGAAGCUCAAAGUGGGUUGUUCCAGCAGCGAAACUAGACGCUCAUUGGAUAAAUGCUGGGCUUUGUCCCGCCCAUCGGACGCUGAACUUCUCUCGAGUUCUAUGGCGAGAGGGCGGUCCCGACUUUCUCCCAGACUCCCAGCUUCUGCAUCCAUGAUUGGAUGAGCUGUCUGAGGCGAAAUCCUUUUUUGAUUGACAGCUAAACAAGCGAAUCAGCGAUCUUGAAGAAUAAAACAUCUACCAGAGCAUUUUCCAAGUUAUUCAUUCCGUUGUUCUUAACUGCUCAAGAAACUUUACCGAUCCUCAGCGACUUUUGUCUUUGUUAAAAACGACUGGCGUUGUGUUUGGCGACUCUGUUCUGUUACAUACAAAUAAACAAACACAAUUAUGAUGUAGGCCAGAAAAAUGAGCUUCCCCUCCUUGAAAGACCAGCAGCCGCCACUGAUUCUGAUGCACUUCAGCAGCAAACAGGUCAUCAUUGUCCAUAGUCUGUUAGUGAAACAGAGCUCAGUGCUCUGCUCCCUCUAAUAGAGCAGCAAUCAUCACACCUGUGCUGACUCUCCAGCCAGCACAGGUGUGGCUGCUGCUCCACUCAGGAGGGGCAGAGAGGCAGGGGCUGUGUCCGAAAUGGCAUACUGCCUACUAUCUACUUACCUACUCAAGUAGUACCUACUGCAUACUGACUACUCAAAGAUGAUUUGAGUAUGCCGCGGCUGCCCGAGCCCGAGUUUACGUACAGAUGCAUACUAAUUACCCCAGAAUGCAUUUUGUGCCGGCCGGACGCAGCGCCGGGAAAAUAUAAAUAGACCUACCACAAGCUACACAGAACGACAAAUUAUAUAAAUUCAUUGAAUUUACCGUAAACACUGGGCAGCAGCAGCUCCCCCUUCACGUUUCCAAAUUAUUGCGAAGUGUUUUCAUAAUCAACAUCUACACGACACAAACCUGGCGGCAGUGGAUGAAAAAAAUCACACAAACAUCUGUGUAUCCAUGGUGAUAAUGCUAUACACCACCUGCUAGGCGUGUGAUGAGCAGCAGAGGGCUGCAAAAUGACCAACACACAAUAUAAUUAUUAUGACCUCGUUCGGUUAUUCCUUGGCAAAUACAUCAUUUCCCGACUACAUUCUUUUCAUGUACAAUGAUAAUUUCAGAAACCAUCAGAUUUUCAACAACAAGUAAGAAUUAGUAAGGCUCACAUAUACAUUGUCAACUGGAAACUCCCCCGUUUGUAUAUUCUGAUCCAUGUGCUCUCUACCAAUAAUAAUUUUUAUUAAUCAGAGGUCUGUGCUUAAUAUAAGUGACCACUUAGAUGAUGAUAAAAACAUUACCUACAAUCCUAAUUUAAAAUACAAAUAAAUCUGGUCAAAAGAUCAAAAUAUGAUAAAAUGAUAAAAAAUUGUGUAAUGUAUACUGACUAAAUCUUGUUUAUCUAUUUAUAUAUAUAUAAUUAUUAUUGCAAUCACAUGCCAUCAAUUUCUUUUCAGCCUCGGGAAAGAGGGCCAUAUUACCAGCUGAGGUGCGCAAUGCAUUGUGGGGCAGAAGCAGUACGUGAAGCAAGCUCCGUUCCAUACUCAGAAAUCGAAGCCGAUUGAGUAUACAUCCGGGCAUUUCUCGCAUACACUAAAUUUGCAUACUGUAAAGUGUGAACGCACUGCUUACUCAAUUCACAGGUGGGGUUAGUAGGAGUAGUAGGAGUAGUAUGCCAUUUCGGACACAGCCAGGGUUUCCAACAGUGUCAUUUGAACAGUUUCACAGUGAGGAUUUUUCCCUCUUUUAACCAACACAGUGGCUCUGUCCGAAAUGGCCUACUACUCCUACUACUCAUACUAACCCCGCCCCCGAAUUGAGUUGGCAGUGCGUUCACACUGUACAGUAUGCAAAUUUUGUGUAAGCGAGAAAUGCCCGGAUGUAUACUCAAUCAGCUUCGAUUUCUGAGUAUGGAGCGGAGCUUGCUUCAUGUACUGCUUCUGCCCCACAAUGCACUGCGCACUUCAGCUGGCAACAUGGCCCUCUUUCCCGAGGCUGAAAAGAAAUAGAUGGCAUGGGAUUGCAAUAAUAAUGACAUAUUUAUAAAUAGAUGAACAAUAUUUAGUCAGUAUAUAUUACACAAUUUUUUAUCAUAUUUUUAUCUUUUUUACCAGAUUCAUUUGUAUUUUAAAUUAGGAUUGUAGGUAAUGUUUUUAACUAUUUGUAUGAAAUGACUUUAUUUAUUUAAGUGUUUAUUAAAGAUGUAUUUAUUACAAGUUUGAGCAUCUUCUCAUCUCUGAAUGCAUCAUCAAAGUGGUCACUCAUAUUAAGCACAGACCUCUGAUUAAUAAAAAUUAUUAUUGGUAUAUUCUGGUUCAGAGUAUACAAACGGGGGAGUUUCCAGUUGACAAUGUAUAUGUGAGCUUUACUAAUUCUUACUUGUGGUUGAAAAUCCAUUAGGAAGUACAUAGAUGCCCUGAAGAAAAGACGCCUUUGUCUUCUUGCAUGGCGGUGCUCUAUGGUUUUCAGCCUACACCAGGCAGAACUACCUGAUGGUUUCUGAAAUUAUCAUUGUACAUGAAAAGAAUGUAGUCGGGAAAUGAUGUAUUUGUCAAGGAAUAACCGAACAUGGUCAUAAUAAUUAUGUUGUGUGUUGGUCAUUUUGCAGCCCUCUGCUGCUCAUCACACGCCCAGCAGGUGGUGUAUAGCGUUAUCACCAUGGAUACACAGAUGUUUGUGCAAUUUUUUUCAUCCACUGCCCCUCGGUUUGUGUCGUGUAGUUGUUGAUUAUGAAAACACUUGGCUAUAAUUUGGAAACGUGAAGGGGGAUUUGCUGCUGCCCGGUGUUUACGGUACGUAGACGCAAACACCCACCAAGCGGACGCUUCGGUUUCCGAAAACGCCGAGACAAAUUUACAGACAGCCACUAUUUCAAACAACUGGGCUCAUAAUCGUGAUGUAAACACUUGCUUUCUCGCUAGAAAAAAUAUUAUUAUUGAAUGAAUUUUUAUAAUUUGUCCUGAAUGCAGUCGUUCUGUGUAGCUUGUGGUAGGUCUAUUUAAAUUUUACCGGCGCUGCGUCCGGCCGGCUCGAAAUGCAUUCUGGGGUAUUUAGUAUGCAUCUGUAUGUAAACGCUCGGGCAGCCGCGGCAUACUCAAAUAAUCUUCGAGUAUUCAGUAUGCAGUAUGUACUGAUUGAGUAGGUAAGUAGACAGUAGGCAGUAUGCCAUUUCGGACACAGCCAGUGUCUAACCCAAACUCUGGUUGGACCAUAGUAAACCCUCCUGGGAAGCAGUGUUUGAAAGUCAGAACUCUGUUGUGUUUAUUCAAUCCUCUCUUCUUCUUUUGUCAUUAACUGUCUGUCUUUAAGUUGUUUCAGAGCAUAUGAGUUUUGAUUUUCUGGUCAUCUGCAGUAACCGUAUUGCUAGGCCUGUCGCGAUAAUCAAUAAAUCGCCUUAUUGCUCGAUAAAUAAAAACGAGGUCGAUAACUUUGCCAGCCUUGAUAAUUGACGUGCGUUUGUUUUCCUCCUCUCUCGCUCUCAAACACGCUGGAUGAGAGAAGAGGUCUCACUCUGCGCAUUGUUCUCGGCACCUGGGGGCGUUGGCUCUAUAGCGGAAUGAACGGAGUUAGUGAACCCUCCUGUCAGUCAUUCAGUGUCUUUGUCACGAGGGGGCUGGCGCGCACAGGCACACAGACACGGACUUUUGGAUACAGUGCUGCAAGUGAGCGUCGUGAGUGAAAAGCAAGCUAACAGAAUGAACACGACAGCUUUGGUGUCUAAACCGAACGCAACAGCCCAAGUGUGGGAAUAUUUCGGCUUUAAACCAGUUUUGUUUUCGUCAACCACAAAACUUCACGUGUGUGUGUGUGUGUGUGUGUGUGCGCGUGCGUGUGUGUCUGUGUGUUGGAGGAGCACAGCAGGAUGAUGAGAGCUGUCAGAGCGGACUGAAGCUGCUCCUAUAUGUUUAGCGUUUAACUGACUGAGUUUUGCAACUCUGUUCGUCAUUUUCGUCUCGUCUCAUCAACGUAAACGCACUUUCGUCUCAUCACAUUUUAGUCAUCUCCGACUUAUGUUUAGCUCGUCAACGUUACGUCUUCGUCGUGGGAGAAAAGGGAAAUAUUUUAGUCAACGAAAACAACCAGUGUUGUUCUCGUGUGGAAAUUAAAGUUUAUCACUUUUGACAUGGUGUACUCGCAUUAUUAUGCCAUAUAAUAUCAUUAUCUAUAAUUUAAAAAAUGGUGUCAAUAAUAUCGUUUAUCGGCGAUAAUUUGUAGCACAAUUAUCGUCCAGCAAAAUUUGUUAUCGUGACAGGCCUACGUAUUGCCCUUUGGGUUAGAUAAAGUCAUCAGAAUCUGAAACCCCUUUUGUGGCCACAAGUCGUCUCUGUUGGAUCUUUUCAGCCUGCCACAGUUUGAGAUGAAGUGAUGAAUCUGUGUGUUUGGUUGCAGUAUGUUGGGGAGAGUGAGCGAGCCGUCAGACAGGUCUUCCAAAGAGGGCGCAGCUCGGCUCCUUGUGUCAUCUUCUUUGACGAGAUCGAUGCUCUGUGUCCCCGCCGCUCAGGCCAUGAGGUGAGACAGCUGACUGUCAUAACUAACACAAUCUGCGAUUGAACCUAGCAGGCACAUCAUGGAUCAUUCUUUCAGAGCCUGUUUUAUCAGACAGAACAUUGAUUGAUUAUUGAUUCCUAUAUUUGAUCUCAGCCGCACAGUAGCUGGUCUUUCAGCUCUGUUGUGUGGUGUAUCUAUGAUCUGUGUUUGUUCUGUGUUCAGUCUGGAGCCAGUGUGAGGGUGGUCAACCAGCUGCUCACAGAGAUGGACGGCCUGGAAACUCGACGGCAGGUCUUCAUUAUGGCUGCAACAAACAGGCCAGGUACAGAGUCAGACCCAGCUUCAGUCAGAGCAGAGACAUGCUGGAUUUCAUUACAUCUGACAUUUUCAGCUUAUUUCUGGAAACCACCUCGAAGGUAUAGAUGAAGGAAACAAAAAAUAUACACUCAGAAAAACACACACAAAAGAAGUGUUAGCACCCCAAAAAGAAAGUACUCUAAGAAUCCCAAACACUUUCCUCCCAGUGCUCCUCAUCUCAGCUCUCCUCAGAGUUUCCUGUUGGACUAUGAUUCUUUGGUUAAAAACAUUAUUCAACUUUUCUUCCUGAAAGAACUUAAAUGGGUACUCCGGCGUAAAAUUAAAUAAGGGUCAAACACACAGUAACACCGACUUAGACACCCCCUGGAAAGAUGAAUGUUGCAGACCGCUUGCUUAUCUAGUUUUACCAACUUUAGUAACGACUGCAGGAUAGCAAUACACAGCGGUCUUAGGAGCCAUAAACAAACCUCAACCAAAACACCACUAUAUAGCCACAAAUAAUGCGCAGAACUUUGCCUGAUUUCUUAAGCAAAGAGCCUAAACACAACUCACUUACUCUGCUCCAGCAGCCGCUUGUUUGUAGCGAGACCUCAGGCCAGUCCAUCACGGACUGCUGCGGGGUGAUGCAACUCAAAGAAGAACAUUUAUGAUCAUUUCUUUAUGGAAAUGCAAUCAGACUGAGACACUAAGGCAGAAGAACUACCGUAUCUGCAGUACAAAAUGAUUAAUAUGAUUAUUAUUACUUGAAGGAAAUUAUUUAAAAAAUGAUCAUAAAAUGUUUUUCCUUGAGCUGUGUCACCCCACAGCAGUCCAUAAUGGACUGGCCUGAGGUCUGGCUACAAACAAGUGGCUGCUGGAAGAGAGAAGGUGAGUUGUGAUUAGUCUCUUUGCUAAAGAAAUCUGGCAAAGCUAAAAAGAUGUUUGGUGGCUAGUACUACGGCUGGGACCCUAUAUGUACCGUUGAUGAAGUUAGGUGCUGUUCUGAGCAUUAUUUGUGGCUAUAGAGUGGCGUUGUGGUUGAGGUUUGUUUAUGGCUCCUCAGACCGCUGUGUAUCGGUAUCAUGCAGUCGUUACUAAAGUUGGUAUGAUUAGAGAAGCAAGUGGUCGACAACAUUUAUCUCACAAGGGGGUGUCUAACUCAGUGUUAAGGUGUGUUUGACCCUAAAUUAAUUUUUCUCUGGAAUAUCCCUUUAAGUUAGAAAAUUUUUAAAUGCAGGACUUUUAAUUGAGUUGUCAUAAAGCGCUUAUUGAUAUUUUGCAUCAAGACUCCAAACUCUUCUUCUCCAUCUGUGUUUUAAACACACACUGUCUCUUCCUCAGAUAUCAUCGACCCCGCCAUACUGAGGCCUGGUCGUCUCGAUCAAACCUUAUAUGUGGGUCUGCCCCCCCCAGCAGACCGCCAUGCCAUCCUGCUGACCAUCACAAAGGUAUAUUUUCGGUCUGAUUGGGCUUGAAGAGUUACUUCAGGUAAUAAUAAAAAGCAGCAUGGCAGGCUGAUGCCAAAACUGUCACCAACUUUAUAUAUUUAGAGCCAGUUAAUACUUUAUACUCUUUAAUACGUCUGUAUAUCCACACACCCACAAUAAUGCAAAGGCUGAAUGUGUGAAUUUAUACGUGCCAAAAUAUAAACAAAUGUGCAUGUAUGUACACAUCAAAUGGAAACCUCUUGUGUUGACAAAUGAAGCUGACGUGGAAGCGCCAAAAACUGCAGUUCCUUACAUGUCCACCAGAAGCUGCAAAAGCACAAGAAACCUUUCACACAGCCUUUACAAAAAAGCCUAAUAAAAAUGUUUUCAGCCCGGUAUGAAAACAAACUGCCCUUACUGGGUCUUAUUUAUCUGUAAACACUGUAAACAACAUAACAAAUUAAUUUAGCAGUUACUAAAGUUGAAAGUUUGGCAGAGGACAAGCUUGUCAUACCAUUUUUAGACCAAACUGUCCUGUUUUUGUCAUUUGGUUAUAUUCUGAAAAACUACAAUAAAAAUAUUUUGAUUAAGAAAAACCUCCUCCACAAAAACAGACGGGUGACGUGGAUGGUAAGAAAGAGUAAAUCAGAUUCAAAAGAAGUUGAUAGAAAAGAGAGAAAACUUUUUUUCUUCUUAAAAACAUAUGAGGAAUAAAGCAGCAAAAAGCAACACAGUCACAUGGAACCAAGACAACACAAAUGAAAGUUCCUGUCCUUACAUUAUUGCUCAUAUUUACAGUGAAGAAAAAGACCAUUUAAAAAUCAGUGCCCCUGUUAUCAAAACAACAUUCAAGUUAUUUAAUUAAAAUCAUUCAAUCACAUUUUUGAAGUAGAUGUUUUACUGCCGUCACUUAGUAUGCUAUUUUUGAUUUUAUUUGUCAUAAAUUUCACCCAAUGAGCAUCUCUGAUCAUCUUUGCUAGAAAAACAGCCUUCAGAGCCAAGCGAUUCCUCUGGGGUUGGUCAAAGCAUAUGUUUUUUAGUCCAACGGUGAACAUCCAGUCUUCCUGAUAUUGAUUGUAUAAAGAAGAUUAAUCAUUGACUGCUUAGAUUAAUUGAAGACUCUUAUAUUGUAGGGGGGGACCAAACCUCAGCUGGAGCAGGACUUAAAUCUUCAAGAGAUUGCCUUUGAUGAGCGCUGUGAUUGCUUCACGUAAGUCCCAGACAGAAAACACCAGCUGUCCUCCAACACUGAAUAAACCUGUAUCCUUUCAAUGCAGUUUGAAGAAGGAGCCGGCUUCAGGCUGCAGCUGUGGCAGACCUGUUUUGAUUCCUGAAGCUGAAAGUACUCUUCUUACAUCUUACUUUCAGUGACUCUGACUGUAUUUGGGUGUAGAGAGAAAAGACCUGCUGGUCUGAACAGAAUGUGAUAUCCACCUGUUGGUGUGUUUGCAGUGGAGCCGACCUGACUGCAUUGGUGAGGGAGGCCUCUGUGAAUGCCUUGAGGGCCCACAUGAAGUCCCAGAAUUUGUCAGCUGCUUGUUCUGGUAAGUUUUCUCCUACCUCUGCAUGAAAGUAUAAGAAACUAAGAAGACUCAGAAGCAGUCGCAGGAAAGUGCUGCAUGUUUUCCCUUGAGAUGUCUACUGUAUGUGCAACUAAAAACUGUUUUCAUGCAACCCAAUAGAUUUUCUUUCUAGAGAUCUGGUGUUAUUUCAUGGAUUAUUACAAUCAAAAAGUAACCAUUGACAUGGUUGUAAUUGGGUUGUUGAAUAUCCUGAAAUCUUAAUUUGUCACAGUUAAGUUUCAUCAUCGUAAUGAAGUCAAACAAGCUGUUUUUGUCACACCCAGUUUAUAGAUCAAGUCAAGUCAGCACAAGUCUUUUUAAAAGUUGAUAAAAAUGUGUCUGCAAGGCCAAGUCAGGGUGAAAACCAAAACAACAGAGAUGAUGGUUCAGUUAUGUCAUAGUUCAGUUCAGCUAUGUUAUUCACAGUGAAGAAGGUCAGACAUCAUAUAACAACUGUCCCUGAAGAUUGUUUUCCCUUUGUUGAAUUUUGUUAGAUAUUGCAUCAUCACAUAUACAAACUAUAGUGUGUACAAGGUGCAGACUGAUAAACUAGGGGUUGGGAUCUGUCAGUAAAGCAGGCUGUACAUCAGGGGGAAGAGUAGAAUGGUCUGGACUUAGGUCUGAGUCAGAGAUCGAACAAGAGUCUGCAGCUGAUUCAGCUCAUACAAAAUCCUAAAACCAGAAUUUGACCCCCAGUUCAACAGAAACCACCUCCCUACGGUUUCCAGUGAAUAAAGUUUAUGUUUGUGUACGAGGUUCACUAGCCCGGACUGUUAGGAUGCUGGGCAUUAGAGAAGAGAGCUGCAUAUGUAAAAACAGUAUUACAUCUGACACAUGACAUGAUGCUGCAGAAGCUAAGCUGGACUGUUUCUGAAGCUGAGAUGACACUUGGCUGAAUUCAUUUGACCUCAUGGGUGUAAUCUCUGCCACACACAGGUCACACAUUUUCCUCUGUGGCUGAAAUCAGAGUAAGCAAACAGAACUUUGAAGAUGCCUUCAGGAAAGUUCGUCCGUCUGUGUCCAAAAAGGUAAGACAGCGUCACAUGGUGGCAGCACAGUGCUGCAGUGGUUUGCUUGGUGGUCUCCUGGUGUGAUCAGCUGGGCCUUUUUUUUUUUUUAGAAGUUUGCAUGGGUUCCUUUAUCAGUGUAAAAGCAGGUCAGCUCCUGUGCUGCCGGUCCAAACAAAGACCCUCAACCCAAGAGAAAGGUCAAACAGAAAAGACAUGCUGACCAACAACAGACAUCAAAUAACACAGUGAUAAUGGGAAAAGUCACUGAACACAGACUAAGACCUCUGUGCUGAAACACAGAUGAAUGUUUCAAAGUCACUCUGAAUGUUGCUGGACUCAAGCUCAGUCUAGAGGGCCUUAUCAGGAAAGAGAUACUGGGAAAAUUUGAAAGCACAUUUUUAAAAACUUGAAAACCCUAGGUAUCACAUGAUCAUCAUUUUAGACCUGAAACAUACUGACACUUAUCCACACCAAGCCAGAGGGGAGACAGUCAUUUACAGAUUUAAUCCCCCAAAGAAGGCUUGACACUAAAUACUUCAGUGUGUUUAAAGGCUUGAUUUGAUCAUUAUCAGACAGCUGUGGUGGUUUUCUGGAGUUUUCUUGUUAUUUACAGAUUUGAGAUUAGGCUUUGAAGACCUGUGCGCUGUCUGUCUGUCUGUCUGAUCACUAUCCCAUACCCUACCCAGGAGAACCUGUCAGACUUGUUCCACUCUAAACAGUGAAACAUUAAACUAUGAGCCGCUGUGCUCAAUAUUUGUCAGGCUUUGAGAAAAAUAAUGGAAGCAUUCCAGUAUAGCAAAAGGUAACACAGAUGAGCAGCCACUAUUGACUGACAGUGUUGGAUUGAUGGCCUCAGCGAUAACCCUCACUCUGUCGUCUGAGGGGAAAUGAUGAGAAGGGCGGGAUCUUUUUUUGAGGUGACACAGGCUCAGCUUUUAUUCAUGAAACCAUCAUUAAGCAUAAUUACAGUAUGAUGACUGUCACUGUGUGUUUUCUGUGUAGGACCAGAUGAUGUACCAGAAACUCAAAGAGUCUCUCAGCAGAUAACUGCAAAACCAGAAGAGCAGAUGUCCUGGUUCAACUUUAAGACACCGUCUUUGUUUAAUAAGAAACCAACUAUUAUCAGAUCUAUGUUGAUGCUAUUAAUACACAUGAUCACAGAUGAGUCAUUGUACAAACUGCUGUUUUAUAAUAAAUGCGAAAUGCAACCACA